AUGUCUUCCCGUCUCAAUGGCCCUUCUGUAAAGGUGCGCGACCCGCCGCCUGCUCUUUUCCUUCAUCCAUCCCCUGCUGCCUCACAUGUCUCUUUACCUGGGAUCAAUGCGGUCACUUCUGCCUCCAACAAUCACACUGCAAAUACCCAGCAAUCGGCUGCAUCAGUAGGACCACCAACAAUGACCCGCCAAGGCUCCUUACUCAAACCGCGAGGUCGGACUACUGGUCCAAUUCCAAGGUUGCAGACUGGAGAAUCAACUCGUACAGCCGAUAGGACCGACGCACUAUGGGCAGAGAUGCAGGCCACGCUGGAAGAAGUUGAGCUCUCGGCAUCCGGAGGAACUCACGUCUUUGGUCCCGAGCAUGAUCGUAAACUUGCGGAUCUUCGUGCAGCCCAGAUCGCUCUGGCACAGGCCUGGGCGAGAAGCGAGGCUGAUGAUGCGAUUGAGACUACCGGGGGCGUCGGUGCAGACGAAGUGCGCGAUCUGAAAGGAGCGCUCGGAGCUGUGGGUUUGGCCGUUGCUGGAUCUGCCGGGCCUGGCAUUGCUGGCAAACUUGGGGCUGAUGGCACCGAACAGGGCAGGAGUACUGUUGGAACUGGCAGUGCGAGGCCACCUAGUAGCGGGCGCGAGGGCGAGAGACUUGGUGCCAUGAUGGAACAGGAAACAGAGGCAGAUAUUCUCUUGGCCAGGAAAAGAAGAGAGGCCAACGACGAAUACUUCAGCCGGGUUGACCAGGGUGUUCGCGACGUUGUGGCCAAGUUGGAGGAGGUCGCUGUGGCCAUGAGGGAUGUCGAACGAGAAAGCCGAGAUGUUUGGGGUGACGAAAGUGUUCCAGGCAGUGCCAAGCCAUGA